AUGGCCACUGCACAAGAGCUCGUCAAACAGCACAGAUUUCUGAUGCUCUCCAAGUCGUGGUGUCCCGACUGCCACUACGCCAUUGCCGUGUUCAAGAAGUACAACGUGCUGGACAAAAUUACGCUGGUGGAGCUGGACAAAAUGCCUCCGAAAGAGGCAGCCGAGCUGGAGAAACAGUUCACCGCGAUUUCAGGCCGCAAAUGGGUGCCUACGAUUUUCUUCAACGGCGAGGUGUUUGGAACAGAACAGACCUUGAAAGAGCUGGAAUCUAGAGAUUUGCUGCCGGGCGCAUUUGAAAAAGCGGGUUUGAAAUAA